UUCUCUCUCUCUCGCUCUCGGAAUCUCUCUCUGUUUCGCUUUCUUUCCCACCACGCGUUCGGGGCUGCGCGUCCGAAGAUGCAACGAACGCAGAAAAAUCUCCGGUGUGUGGCGAUGCCAUGUGUGCCGUGCGUUUUAAAUCGCGUUCAAAUCUUCCGACCGACGGUUUGUGCUUGUUCGCCCCCUGUGCUUGGUAGGGUGACGGUGUAUUCGCGAUCGCGCAAUCCAGUUCGAAAAAAGGACGCAUUUCUCAGCGUUAAUAAACCGCGUGCCUGUGUUUUGGCGUGGAAACGGUUUUUUUUCCCCCGCGGCCGUCGAGGACGGGGUUGUGUGUGAAGUUUUUUUACGUGGUGUUGUAAAUUUCCGGUGUAAGGAAUCUCGAAAGUUUGUUCAACAGGAGUGUGAAGUUUUAGUGCGUGUAAAGAAAGGAGACAAUAUAAAAAUUGUUACGUCAGCAUUAUUUGGUGGGGGAAUUAUUGGGCAAAAGAAGAAAAACAAGGACUCAAUUGCCGGUUGUAAAUUUAAAGCCCAUUUAAUCAACAAAAAAAAUACUUUUAUCAAAUCGGAACGAGUGAAGUGCAAGUGUGGUGUAAGUUUCUUAUUCAACAAAAAAAUCGCGUGAAAAGUGAAAAUACACAUAAAAGCUUUAUAAAAGGCAUCGUGAAAAUAGUUUGUUUUCUUCCCUUCCCGCAAAAAAACGGAUGCACAACAAAAAAGGAAGACGUGAAUAAACAACAGCCUCAGGAAAAGAAAAUAGGCUGAAGUAUGUGAUGAAGUGUGGUGAAAAUGUGUUAAAAAUAGAGCAAAAUAAAAAAAAAACGGUGACAAAAGUGGCAGUAAGAAAAUCCGUUCUUGGGUGUGUGUGUGUGUGUGUGCGGGGAAUGAAUUCUUUGCUAAGAGAAUUGUCCUGUGACCCAAAUUAAAUAGUCUAGUGUGUCCUUCCGGCGUGCAGCCAACAACACACGCAAGAGCAAACAAAGUGAAGCGACAACUGAGCUGAGAAUAUCCUUCCCGUUUUUUUUAUCGCCCGUCCGGAACCAUUCAUUCAUUCUGUCCCCUGUGCCUGUUGCUUGACAUAAUACGAAAACAACACGAAAGUGUUGCUUUGCCAUAGUGUUUGUGAGUGCAAGUGUGUGUGUGUGUGUUUCGAUAUCAUUUUUUUGUUGUAAAAAAUCCAGUGUGUGACAAGUGGGCCCAAGACGCACGACUCCCAGAUGCUGAUACCCACGUGUUAAUGUAAUCCUCUUUGUGUGUGUGUGUGUGUGUGUGUGUGUGGGCGCGUGUACGUGUGUGGCGUACGUGCGUACCCCUGGCACCGUGUGUCCACCAAAACGAGAGGGAAGGGGGUGGUUCGUGUGCAAUGUGGUGUAGCAGGUGCAACGCGAUUUCACAAUCGAUCGAGGAUCGCGGACGCCGCUUACCGUCCACACGGUCUGCUACAGUGCAUUCCUCGCCCGCGGUCCUAUGCAACGGCCUGACGAAUGCAACCUGCGCGCCCCGCCACCCAGUAUUGCACUAUUGAAGAAACAAACACAAAACCCACAAGAAAAAAAGUACAAUGAGGCCAAAUAAAUACGAUGGUAUCACAGCUAACCGUCUAUGCCAAGAUUUUGUGCCUCCUGAUGACAUUAUUCAGUGCAGGAGCAUCAACCGGGAACGACAUCCAUCUCCAAUCAGCGUGCAGUUUAAAGUUUCUACGUACCAAAAACGGUUCCGUGUUUGCCGACGACAAUUUGGAGAAUGGUCAAUUACAGAUUUUCAGUCUCAAUGCCACGAGAACACGCGACAAUCGAGCUGCCGUAACGAUAUACUCCAAAGAGACAGACUCGUACAUCUGCUUCGACAAAAACUGGCGCACCAAGGCCAUGCGUGGAAAAGCCAAUAUGUCCAAACGACGGUGCAUGUUUUUCGAAAACAUCGACGCGUCGGGCGGAUUCCGCUAUCGUUCGGUGGUCAACCAGAACCGAUCCUUAGGCUUCCAGCGAAACGGUAAGCCGAUCGGUGGAUUGCGUGCCGGUGGCAAGAUGGGCCCCGGCGGUGUUGGCCGCAAAAAGCCGAUCGACGAGAAGUGUUACAAUUUUCAUCCAAUGGCUGCAACCGGCUCGAAUGAGGUGCAACAGCCACACUAUACAAUGCAGCAGCAAAACCAACCGCAAAGGCAGGAGACGAAAGCGACACGUCCUCACCAGCAACAGUCUACUAAUCAGCACCAGCCACGUCAGCGUCACCAUCGGCAGCAGGAAGCGCGCAAGGAUGUGUCAGCCAGCGAGACGAAUGCAUCGACCAGUGGCAACGCGCUACUAACGUCGAGCUAUUCGUCCAGUGCGUCCAGCGAUCAGCGACAGUUGCAGUCGCCCCAUCGGCACCGGCACAAACACGGAACCGUUGGUCGGCAUGGCAACAAGCUGCAGCCGUCAGGCUCGGCAACCGGACACCCGAAUCUCGAGAGCGGUUUCACCGGAGCGACUUCGCUUCCCGUCGCCGCCACCCUAUCCUCUCUGGCCUACGGUAGCAGUAAUGCGAAUGGCGAUCUUGGCGGUGGUGGUCGCGUUAUAGGGUCCGCCUACGGUAAAGGUACCCACCGGCGCAGCCAUCUUAAUUCUUACACACCACCCCUCGCCGGGGAUCCAACGCUUCUGCUGCCCUCCUCACUGUCCGCCGUCGUUACGAAGCUGCCGCCAAAGUCAACCGCUCACGCGGGUUCACCUCUCGGUUCACGGCCGCUCGUCGGUAUGCUAGACACCGGUACGUACCGGAAGGAUCGUCGCCAUUCGGCGAGCAUGGCCGGUGGACCAUCCGGUACGAUGGAGUCCGCCAAUGGUGGUCGUGUUAGUAAUGGCAAAAAGAAGUCUGCCAGCAGCAACAAUGGAACCGGUGCAGCCAGCGGGAGAAAUGCUUCCACUAAAGUAAGCACGAUGCCAGGAAGAGACAAACGGGCUUCGGGUUGAGCCAUCCCUUCCCAAUCUUUUCUCAAUUCAGUAGUUGACGCUCGGUACGGAUGCGGCUUAUCUUUGCGUGAAUUUCCUGUAAUUUAAGGAUGAAAAACAGACAAAAACAACCUGACUAGCAUACGAAAUUAAUUUCGUCUCUACCACCACAAACAAGAGAGAGAAAGAGUAGCAGAUGUGAAGAGAAGAAGGUAACGGAAGAAGCAUAAGUCAACGUGAGCGAUUUGGGGGGGUGUGUGUGUAAAACGUGCAGAGGUUAGCAUAUUACUAUAUUAUUAUAUUAUUAAUAUUAUUAUUAUGAUUAUUAAUAUUAUUAUUAUUAUUACUAUUACGUCAGGUAUGCUAAGUAUGAUAAUAUAUACAUAUACAUAUACACCAUGCAUGUAAUAUUAUAGUUGUGACGUUCCGGGUUAAGCCUUCCUCUUUAGUGUGUAUGAGUGUGUGUAAAUGUAUCAUUUAGGACCCAAAGUGGGAGCUUUUUUUUGUUUGUUUAAAGAGAAGGGUUUUAUAGGAGCAGCUGACGAAACGAAUAACGGUGUGUGGAAAUGGAUAAUAAGCGCAAAAACGAAACAAAAAACACACAGACCCACACCAUACACAAAAGGCAAACAAGAAAAAAAGAAAUUAAGCGCAAUACAACCACAAAUCCAAAGGUAAUGGACAAACGGCAAAAAAACAAUAGAAGACAGUCUAUAGCAACACAGAGGCAAAGGACAUUUGGUAGUGUUAAAGGUGUUGUAAUAGAGGAAGUAAGCGAAGAUCACGUACUAGAUAUCGUGCAUUACAUGGUCGAUCGAUUAUUUAAUCUGUUUUCUUCCAUUUGCAAAAGAAAAACAAAUCCACUAAAAUUUAUUCUUCCGGGGUUUUUUCUCUUGGUUUUGCACCGGUAAAGCCUCUCUAUUUAUCCGUUUUCUUUUUUUGUUAAGUGCUAUUGUUAUCUAAAAAACAAUAUCUUAAAAUCUUCUUCAGUAAAGACGUUUUUGUUAUUGUUUUGUGUCUUCUAAAUUGAAUCCGGUCUAUUUUUUGUUGUUCUUUACCACUAGGUAAAAAGGAACAUUUAAAUCAAAAAUAAGUUGAACUUUUAGCCAUUUGCAAAUGCGCACAAUAACAAUUGUGUUCCGUUAGCUGUCAGCAUGAAUCGUUUCGCGUGCAUUUUUAACUCUCGCUAGUAAUACAUUGUGCCAUUGUGAGCAGGAGAUGAUAAACGGUGUAAAAAAACAUGGAAAAAGAAAACAAAGCUGCAUUUGGAAUUGUGUUUUGUUUUGUGCCAUCAACAGUGACAAUAGAAUGUGUAGAAAAAUUUGCAAAAACAAACAAGCAAGUGAUGCGACAGAUAGAAGAAAUGGAAUCAAAGUAGAACAUAUUGCGCAAAAGAAGAAGAAAAAAAACGAAGAUAGAAAUAGUAACAGUUUCGAAAUGAAAAAAAAAAAACAUAAUAGUAGGAAAGUGCUAGCAAGUAGAGAGUAGUAACGAUGCUACAAUGCUGAAGCGCGCCAAACCGAUUGUUUAAAAACGCGAACGACAAAACAAACAAAACAAAAACACGCAGGAAUGAUAAGGAGUGCAUGAAAAUAACAAAAAAUUGUGCCUUUUCUUGGUCCUUUCCACGAGCCUUUCAAUAAGCAGCAGCAGCAGCAGCAGCAUAUUUGCCAAUUUCAAGCAAAACGUCUAACAAACAUACACUCAACAAUCAUGAUAAUAAUAAAUGAAAAGUAAAGAUACACAUAGAGGCGUGAAUUUAAGUACCAAUACAAGCAGCACAUUAAGGAUGGACGCUUCAUUUGCCAAAUCGUACAAUUGAUCCUUUCAGCAAAACAAAACAAAACAACAAACAAAAAAACGAUCCCCAAACUGUGCCCCACAGAAUCCCGCUUGCCACUCUAGCAAAAAAAAACACAAGGAUAUAUGAGGAAUAUAGAAUUAGCACAACAACACAAAAAACACAUAACCUCCGAAACCGUAGAAGAAUCGGCGUGUAUGCGCGAACGUAGCGUGUUAACCAUUCUGAGUUAGUUCAUUGCACGUAUGUAGGCUAGGCUAGGCGGGUUGUAAUCGAUGACGAUGUCUACAAUAGUAUCAGUAUUACCUUCUAACCAACAUAUUACACCAUACAUACAUAAAGGGCGAGUGAGGGAACGUUAGCAAAAAAAACCGUGCAACAUGUCCGCGAAACAAUUUGCAAGUGAUAUAUGUAUUAGUGUAGAGACAGAAAACAAUAAGCAGACGGAUAACCCGGCGCAGCAGUAGCAACAACAGGAACUUCUUUCUUCGUAUUGUUUGUCCAGCCACACCACCGCACUCCAAACACUCCUUUUCCCCGUUCCCUCCACAUUCUAAGGACAGUCUAAGUACCGUGCGUUUUCCCUAAGCAAGUUGCCAUUUCGAAUAUAGCGUGCGUGUGUGUGUGUGAGUGCCUCUAGUUCUCGCGCGGGUGUUUUAGUAUUGUUAGUGAAAGCCACAGUGAAGUGAAGUAGUAAUGUAGUGGGAAAAGGAGAAGAAGUAGUAAAGGAAGAGAUACAAUACCACACACACACACACACACACACACACAUAUACAUACAUAAGCACAUCUCUAAUUUAGUAGAAGUGCGUUACACUACUAACCUAGUGCGUUUGACUGCAGUUUGUGAUGCACUUAUGUGUGUUAAUCACUACCAAACCAAACUGCAACUGGUUAUAUUUGUACCACACGAAUGCAGCUGAUGAAUUUUGUCGAGAAAAUGAACCUCCAGUAUUUAUGGUCAAGCUAAUGUAAGGGUUUUUAUUUUUGGGGAGAAGAUUUUCGCCAGUCCGAUUCAAUGUGUAAAGAAUCCACACAAAUAGGGAAGAAUGAAGGCAAGACAAAUAAAAUGAUUCUCACAACGAGAAAAAGGAAUCAACCAAUAGAAGAAGCAAAUAGGAGGGACGAGGGAGAGGAGGAGGAGAGGAGAGGACAGAAGAAAAUAGAAAAACUAAAGCAAAAUCGCAAUGAUGCAACUGUAGUAAACAAAACAGUAAAUGAAACACGACAAGCAAAGAUGACAAACGGUGUUUGCCAAUGCCAUUGAGGAAUGAAAAUUAAUAAUAAACUAAAGAGGAAAGUCAAAAGAGGAGAAAAGAAACAGCAAAACAGUACAUCCACAUGAACAGACACAGACACAAACACAUUGCAAUGGAAAAUAGUACACCCUUCAUUCGGUCGGGACAGGAGACAUAUUUGUGUGUAUUAGAAAUAUUACUCACCCUCUCUCUCCCCCUCUCUCUGUCUCUUUCUCUCUCUCUCUCUUUCGGCAAUUGAACAACCGUAUUAAAUUAUGCGUUUAAACAAAUGAAACAAACAACAACAACAAAAAAACUAUCUUUACACACAACUAUACACCGUAAUACACCUACCUACUCAUGAUACCCACCCACCCCAAAAAAGGAAGAAAGAGAAGAAAAAAAAACGCACACAAACACACAGCAAAAUGUUUUCUGUGCGCGCCAUUAUUUGCAAAACUUGCAGUAAAAAAGAAAGCAACAAAAAAAUUACAAAACAAAUGAAAAGAAUGCAAAUUUAACGUUAUUAUAAACACAGAUCAACCCACUAUAUUAGAAAACCGAAAGCGAAACGUAACAUUUAAACUAUUGAAAGCGAAAGCAAUGAAGAAAAAACAAUCUCAUAUGAAACUGAUAAACUGGCAGCUACUCUAGCUACCCCGAACAUCACCACUACAAACAUACAAACACACACACACACGCAAGCAGACGCACACAGCACAAGCAUGGAAAGCAUUAUUAAAGGCAGCCGCAUAGGAAGAAGAUAAGCAAAACGCGGUAAUACCAAAUAGUAUUCACACGCAUGCUCAAGAAUCUCGAAAAUUAAUGUAACUUUCCGGAAGUUAGUGAACGCGUCAUGCAAAAACAAAAAGAACACCACAGAAAACAGAAAACAACAAAGUAGCAAAGAGAUGAUCAUACAUACACAGCAGCAGAGAUGAAAAAAUUCUCCCCAAAACAACACAAAGUAGGUGGCGAGAAAGUAAAGUAAAAAAUAUGAGACGAAGACAAAAAAAACGCUUACGCUAUGAAUUAAAGAGAAACAAUAAAACGCCAACGUUUAAUGAACAUUCCAAUUAUAA